UUGUUGCCCUCCUCGGAACCCUUUCUAAUUUGCCUGCAUCUUUCUUAAAUCUUGGUGCCUGGAACCAAGCAGCUGAUGGAUUCCAGAACCCAUAGCCAAAGCCUUGGAAAAAGGCCUAAAGGCACGGUGGAGAUGUAGUCCCAGAGCGUAAUGCUGCCUGUUGUCCCCUCAUUUCCUGCCACUCUGUGUGUGUGUGUGUGGGGGGGAGCACUCACAGCAGGUAGUGUUAAUGCAUUUGAAACCGCUUGGGGGCCGAUCGUUGCCAGUCAUGCCGCGUGCUGCACCCAGAGGAUGCCCAUUCGGUGCACCGCACAUUCUUGUGACUGAGCCACCGAAGCAGCUGUGCAGUCCCCAUGGGGCAGCCCAGCACUGCCCUUGCAGGGCAGCUGGGCUGCCCACCCGGCCAGGGGGCUUGGCUUGCCCUCCCGGCGGGUCCUGCUGGACGUCCCCUCGAGCUGCUGGCAGCCUCGUUGCCUGGAUCCGUGCUCACCGCGGGAACAUGGCUGUGCUCAUGCUGGACGGAGAAGCACCCUCCCUGCCCUCAACUGGCAGGAAAGCAAAGUGGACGUCUACGUGUGUAAUGAUCUAUUUUUCUCCGGGAGCCGCUUGGAAGGAUCAACAGAGGGUGGUCUGGAUUGGCACUGCGGUGCCUGACUCUCUGGGGGAUCACAGGAGCCCCCGAACCGGCCCUCCUGGCCUUAUUGCUGCUGUUGUAUCGCAGGUUGCUUCAGAUUCCCCCCCUGCGGUGUGUGCCGGUCAUCCUGCCUCCCCUGACCUGGCCGCGUCCUUGCCUUGUCCUCCCCUCCCCUCCUCUCCUCUCCUCUGCGCUUGCUUUGCAUCUCCGCAGGCGGCAAGUCAAGCCCCACUUUGCCGCUCCAGCACAGGCGGAUACGGAGGUGCACUGCCAGCCCGGCGGCCCCGGGCCCUGACAGGUGCUCUGGUGGGGCACAUGGGGCCCAGGGCCCUUGUCGGGGCUGCAGAGCCUUUUCUUGCCCGCAUUGUCGCAGGGGAUGGCUUCAAACUUUGCUUUGUGAGCUGCUGCGAGACUUUGGCUGCACGAAAACACCGCAAGUAAAUAAAGCAUUCCAUCCCAAAGACCAAAGUCUACCUGAGAGAUGCUCUUGGGGCCCCAUUUGGGGUGGGGCCCAGGGCAGGGAGGUGAAGCCAAGAGCCCCACGCAUUUCCUUUCGUGAGGCCUGCUUUGGCACCAAGUUGCCACUGUCUGGGGGGCGGGGGCACCACAGCCUUCGGCUGCAAAAGCCAGGCGACCCCCCACCAUUUAGAGGAUGGGGCUUGGACCACCCAGGGCCAGGCUUGCCUGUGGGCCGAAGCCCAGUAGGCGCUCGGAGGGGAUUGGGCCGGCGCAGGCGGGCUCAGGAUGAGGCGAUGUGAGGGGGGGAUUCGGGGCGCAGCUGCUGAGGGCACCGAGUUGCUCCGGCGGAGUAUGGAGCGUAGCCUGGGUCACCCUGGGGGCCCCAGUCCAUCCCGGCCGGGCAGGGCACAGUGCUGCCGCCGGCCCCCACCGCUGCCCGAGUCCCGCCCUGGAGGCCUCGGCGUCCGAGGCACCCGAGCGUCGCAGCGCUUCUUCCCGUUGUGAAGAGGAAGCUGGGGCGGGAAAGGGGGAACUGAUGCUUCCUCUUCCUCCGUGCCUCCUGGGCCGGUCUGAGAUCCCACAGUGGGCGCAGAGACAUGUCCUGGCUGCUGGCUGCGGCGCUGCUUCCCCUCCUCGCCCUUCAAGCAGAGAAACCAAAAUUCCCUUCCAGAGAUGGGAACGGGGCGAAAGGUGUGUUCAACGAUACGACGCUGCAGGAGAGAGAAACGGAGCAGUUUCGGGACGCUAAGGACAGGAGCAGCACCACGGAAGGAGGCCAGACGGCCAGAACUACCUCUCUUCCUUCCACCAUCAAGAUGGAACACAGUGGCUGGAGGCUGCCGAAACCCACCAUCACCGUUCGCUCCACGAAAGGGACCUGCGAUGUCACCCUGAGCUGUGCCGUCGCGGGAGCCGCGGGGCCUGUGAGCUACGCCUGGUCAAGCGCCAACGCGAGCAUGGUGCUCCCCAGGGGCCCGACUCUGCAUGUCAGGCAGAAGCCCCCAGACGGCUCCCUGGAGUACACCUGCACCGCCUCGAGCAAGGAGAGUGAGAACUCCAGCACCGUUUCUCUGAGGGAGCACUGCCACGAGCCCCCCUCCCUCGGCCACGAAGUCGGCCUCACCUUCUACCUGAAGUACGUCGUCCCGCCCCUGGUUGUCGUGCUGCUGCUGCUCGGCCUGCUGUGCAUGUACAGGCGGAAGCGAGGAGGAGGAAGUCACAACAGCAUCGAAUCCAUCAAUGAAUCUUCAGAUUCUGAUGAUGCUGACGACAACCCUGCAGUGCUGGAUCAGCUAGCCUCCCCCACUCAGGGCUUAACAUCUAUUCCGGAGACAUCCCUGGAGACAAUGGAAACAUGCCCCAUCGAGGAGGAUCCGGUUGUCUCGGAUCAGCCCCCAAGCCAAGCCUGAUGUUGGGGCGUGGCUGGCCUUCCCAGCAGAGGACCUGCAGCUGGGCCGGCUCGUGCGACAGGACUUCUCUGCUGCUUAGUUCUCUGCAAUACCCUAACCAAGAGCGGCCCACUAGUCCUUUGGACAGAGGCCAGCGAAAGCGUUUCCACACGUCUGAAAGUCACACAGCACCAGGUGCCCCGGCCGUUCAAGCUUGGCUUUCCUCUUCUUCAUCCAUGAAAUCAGUCUCAUUAUUUCCUACAAAGUCCUGUUUCUCUUGAGCAAUGUCAAAGGGAAGCAUCUCCAAGUUAAAUGAAAUUGCAAUAUUCUCUUUCUCCUUCAGUGGUAAGUUUAAUCUAAACAUUUCUGGACAAUUCAAACUCUUUUCAAAAUCUUUUCAAUCAUUUCAAGUUUAGUAAUAUCUCUACAUUUUCCUCAUCCAUUCUUUAGUCCAUUGUUCUAAUUGCCUAACAUUAAACCAGAUCAAUUUUUCUCUUCCUAA